CACGUACAGGACAACAGCUUCUCCUCAGCAGUGUGCGGGUUCUACACGCUGUUCUCCUGGAGAACCCUGUUACUGUGGGCUUCUAACGCUUACGCGAUGGGACACUGUUUAUAUCCGGGACUCGGCGUGGUUUUGUUAUAUAAUAUAGGCUAGUAUCGGGGGAUUAAAGACUGAAAACAGGGUGGUGGUGGUGGUGGUGGUGGUUUUUUUCACCUCCUUUCCCAACACUGCACAGUUUUGGAGUUGGAGCUGAAGUUGGAGACCAAGAUGGCUGCUGAUCCCAUGCAGGGUCACAUGGUGUCAGAUCACCUGGACCUGUCAGACACCAUGGUGCAGCAGAAGCUGGAUGAGAUCCGCGAGCAGAUCAAGCGCGAGAUCCGAAAAGAGUUGAAGAUCAAGGAGGGAGCGGAGAACCUGCGGCGCGUCACCACGGACAAGAAGAGGCUGGCCUACGUGGACACCAUGCUGAAGAAGAGCAACAAGAAGGUGGAGGAGCUGCACCAGGAACUGCAGGAGCUCAACGCUCACAUCGUGGUCAAGGAUCCUGAAGAGCUUCUGUUAGAAUGCCCUCUGACACCGGACACGCCGAACAGCGAGAGCCGCCUGGCAGCACUGAAGAAACAGAUCCACAUCGAGCUGAAGGUGAAGCAGGGAGCAGAGAACAUGAUCCAGAUGUAUUCUAACGGCUCGUCCAAGGAUCGGAAGCUCUUGGCUGCUGCACAGCAGAUGCUUCAGGACAGUAAGAUGAAGAUCGAGUUCAUCAGAAUGCAGAUUCUUAAAGCCAGUCAGAGUCACGAGCUCAGCUUCGACACUCACCACCUCAUUGAGAAGCCCAUUAUCAGCCCUCUGGAUCUGCGAGUGGAGGAGUUGUGUCAUCACGCUCGGAUCGAGCACGCUGUGGCUGAGGGAGCGAAGAACGUCAUGAAACUGCUCGGCUCGGGCAAACUGGCUGAAAAAAAGAUUCACUCAGAGGCUCAGGCUCGCUUUAAUGAGUCCAGUCAGAAGUUGGAUCUGUUGAAGUUGUCAUUAGAGCAGCGUCUGACUGAACUCCCGCCUCAGCAUUCGAAGAGCAGCGUGAUCAUGGAGGAGCUGGUGUUCAUGAGCUCAGCCGCUCUGAGCCCGAGACACAGCCUCGUGUCCACACACACACCGUCACCGUACAGCACGCUGGUCAAACCUGCUGCUCUCACUGGAACAUUAGAUGUGCGGCUGAUGGGAUGUCAGGAUCUUCUGGAGAACGUUCCGGGUCGCUCGAAGGCCGUGACGGCGUCUCUGCCCAGCUGGAGCCCCAGCGACACGCGCUCGUCCUUCAUGAGCCGCCACAGUCGCCGCCGCAGCCUCUCCAAGACCGAUGAGCUCUCCAAUGAGAUCAGCGCUGUGUUGAAGCUUGAUAACACCGUAGUGGGACAGACGAGCUGGAAACCUGUCAGUAAUCAGUCGUGGGAUCAGAAGUUUACACUCGAGCUAGAUCGGUCUCGUGAGCUGGAGAUCUCGGUGUACUGGAGGGACUGGCGUUCUCUCUGCGCUGUAAAAUUCCUCAGGCUCGAGGACUUCCUGGAUAACCAGCGUCACGGGAUGUGUCUGUACCUGGAGCCUCAGGGGACGUUGUUCGCCGAGGUGACUUUUUUUAACCCGGUGAUCGAGAGGAGAACCAAGCUGAGGAGACAGAAGAAGAUUUUCUCAAAGCAGCAAGGGAAGACGUUCGUCAGGGCUCCACAGAUGAACAUGAACAUGGCGACGUGGGGACGAUUGCGCAGAGCAAUUCCCUCCAUCAGCAACUCACUCAGCCCACAGAGCAGCACAGAGCAGGGGACAGAACCAGGGCGCAGAGUUUAUCACCACACACACACUGCAACCAGUGGUUCACUGGUGACUAAACUGGACUUCGAUAAAGACGCCACAUCAGGCUGUAAGAGCUACUCACUGGGCCGAGUCAGAGAAACACUACAGGACGAGAAGAUCCACAAAGAUCAAGUGCAGGAUGCAAUGAGAUCGUUUGACUUCCUGAACAACGUGGGGUCGCCCGAGCUCAAGCACGCCUCCGAGGACGAGCUGGAAACGCCGCGGCUGGAGCUCAUGUCUGUUCAGAAGCACAGAGAGAUCAGGGGUGAGGAAGAGGAGGAUGAUGAAGAGGAGGAGCAGUUCCACUUUAGCCUCAGAAACUUUAAAUGUAUCGCAGUGUUGGGACGUGGUCAUUUUGGAAAGGUGUUAUUAGCUGAGUACAGCAUCACAGGAGAGAUGUUCGCCAUCAAGGCCCUGAAGAAAAGAGACAUCGUGGCUCGUGAUGAAGUCGACAGCCUGAUGUGUGAGAAGAGGAUCUUCGAGACGGUGAACAGUGUUCGGCACCCGUUCCUCGUCAACCUGUUCGCCUGCUUCCAGACUAAAGAGCACGUGUGUUUUGUGAUGGAGUACGCAGCAGGUGGAGACCUCAUGAUGCACAUCCACGCUGACGUCUUCUCAGAACCGUGUGCCAUGUUUUAUGCAGCUUGUGUUGUCCUGGGGUUGCAGUUUUUACACGAGCACAAGAUUGUGUACAGAGAUCUGAAGCUGGAUAAUUUACUGCUGGAUACAGAGGGUUACGUGAAAAUCGCAGACUUCGGUCUUUGUAAAGAAGGAAUGGGCUUCCGGGAUAGGACGAGUACUUUUUGUGGUACACCUGAGUUCCUGGCCCCUGAGGUGCUCACAGAGACGUCAUACACCCGCGCUGUGGACUGGUGGGGGCUCGGAGUGCUCAUCUUCGAGAUGCUGGUUGGCGAGUCUCCGUUUCCCGGUGAUGAUGAAGAAGAGGUGUUUGACAGCAUUGUGAACGAUGAAGUGCGCUACCCGAGGUUCCUCUCCACAGAAUCCAUCUCCAUCAUGAGGAGGCUGCUGAGGCGGAAUCCCGAGCGGCGUCUGGGAGGAGGAGAGCGCGAUGCAGAGGAGGUCAAGAAGCAUCUGUUCUUCCGUAACAUCGACUGGAGCAGACUGCUGGCGAAGAAAGUGAAGCCUCCAUUUGUGCCGACGAUCCAGGGAGCGAGCGACGUCAGCAACUUCGACGACGAGUUCACGUCAGAGGCGCCGGUGUUGACCCCACCGCGAGAUCCACGCCCACUGAGCCGGGACGAGCAGGAGAUGUUCGCUGACUUCGACUACAUCGCUGACUGGUGUUAGCGACCACACACGCUCACACGGACCCUGAUAUUAACCACUGUGAACACGGAUCCACUUCCGCUUCCUGUUCCUCUCUCACACACAGGACGCUUUAAAUCCAGCUAGAACCUUCUCCUCAAGGAGCAGCAUUUAAAACACACACACUUCACGGAGGAGGAUGCGAGUCUCGAAUUCCUACACACCCUCUUCCUGAAGGGAAGGAAACGCUGACAAUUUAAUGUUUCCAUAGUAACAAUAUUGAAUACCGUGAUAAAUGUGCAGGAGUGUAUAUACCACUACAGGCUCGGCUCACUCGUCCUUACUACACUGUUACAGCAUGCUACGUACGCUACACGCGUCCUGAUUUCACUAAGACGUGACAUGCGUCCACGAGUCCAAUUCACAGGAAAUAAAUUAAAAUACAACAGUUCAAAUAACUGGCUAAUGGUUAUAAUUAUGGGGGGCAUGGUGGCUUAGUGGUUAGCACGUUCGCCUCACACCUCCAGGGUUGGGGGUUCGAUUCCCGCCUCCACCUUGUGUGUGUGGAGUUUGCAUGUUCUCCCCGUGCCUCGGGGGUUUCCUCUGGGUACUCCGGUUUCCUCCCCCGGUCCAAAGACAUGCAUGGUAGGUUGAUUGGCAUCUCUGGAAAAUUGUCUGUAGUGUGUGAUUGCGUGUGUGUGUGUGUGUGUGUGUGCCCUGUGAUGGGUUGGCACUCCUUCCAGGGUGUAUCCUGCCUUGAUGCCCGAUGACGCCUGAGAUAGGCACAGGCUCCCCGUGACCCGAGGUAGUUCGGAUAAGCGGUAGAAAAUGAGUGAGAGUGUGAGGGUUAUAAUUAUGCAAUAAACUCAAAGUUAACAUGCGUAGCGAAACUAGUGAUUGAUCAAUUCUGUAAUAUUUAGCCAAACUUUUGCUAGCUUAAUAGUAAAUUUGUUGUAAAGUUGUAACCCUGACGUUAACUUUUGACUUAACAGUUUUCUGAACAUUACUAUUAAGAGAGUGAGCUUGCUAACACCUAGCUAGUAGAUUUGAUUUUAAUAGUUAGCCUGUUGUUGCUAGCAGUUUCUUUAAUUGGCUGAUGCUAGUCAGAUUUGUUUAGAUUACAUACAAAAGAGUUGUGUGUAUGAUCAUUAUAUUUAAUAUUUAUUUACUAGUGCACUAUAGAUAAAUAAAUAAUUUUUUGAAGUAUCCCAUAACGCACUGCAGCAGGUUGGAACCUGAUUGGUGGAACCUGAAAUCUAUAAAGAACCCAAGUUAAUAUGGUGGUAUGCUAGCUAGAAAAUUUAGCUAGCUAAUAUUGAACGUUCAGGUUGCUAGCUAGUCAGUCUGGUGUGGCAAUUAGUUUAGCGUCCUAAAUAAAAGUGACCUCACUCUCGUUGACGCAGGAACGCAAACUUAGCGAAAUCAGAACGUCGAUAACGGACGUACUCCAGAUGUCAGAAAUAAAUGAUUAGCAGACAUGUUGUAUGCUAAUAUAAUAUUUAAGCAAAUGAUCAAAUAUGUUUUGGAUGAUGAUGAUACUGUGAACGUGCACCAAGUCAGACGAGAACGAUCGCGUACAGGGGGAGGGGGAGGGCAAAAUAUUGUACAGAACAAAAGAACGUCAAUAAACGUAGCUCUGUGGUGUUAACCUAAUAAACAUCCAUGAAAUUCUGAGACAA